AUGGGCAUGGAGGCAAGAGCAGGAUUGCUCAAGCACGGUGAUAAUACAAGUGCAGGAGAUGGCGGAAGUGGCGAAGCUGUCUUAGAGCUGAUGGCAGAGAUCGGUGUGUCUGUGUAUCUGAGCUUUGCAUCUGAUGAGCAUCUGAAUGAAUAUAUAGGAAAGGGAGAUGAGAGGAUCAGGUUUCUGACAGGAUUUUCUGGAUCGAAUGGAAUUGCAGUGACAUGCAGGCAUCCGGUGCUGUACACAGACUCAAGAUACUAUAUACAGGCCAUUAACGAGCUGAAGGCUUACAGGCUGAAGAAGAUGGGAGAGGACGAGAAACUGGAGGAUUAUAUUGAGUCUGUGUGUGAAAAUAAGCAGGUGGGUGUUUGUGGAAAGCUUAUAAGUUCGAAGAUGUAUGAUGAUCUUGAGAAAAAGCUUGCACUGAAAGGAUUGAUGCUUAGGCAUAUCGAUGUUGAUUUGGUUGACCAGGUAUGGAAGGACAAGCCAUGCAGGAUAUUCAACGAGGUAUAUGCGAUUGAAAACAAGAUGAUCUUUGAGUAUCAGAUGCAGUUGGCGAGAAUAUGCAAUGAUGAGGAAUAUAAAAGAAAGCUUGAGGAUAUGGCUGCUGAGAAGAACACAAGUGUUGCUGGAAUGCCAUACAGGCAGAAGCUGCAGAAGAUACGGAGCAUUGCUGGAGAAUGGAAGACGCUUGCUAUAACAGAUCUUGAUACAAUUGCAUGGGUGUUCAACCUGAGAGGGUCUGAUAUAAUGUAUAACCCGGUUUUUUAUUCGUAUUGCCUGAUUUCUGCAGAUGCAGUGAAGCUGUUUGUGAAUUGGAAGCUAGAAAUCGAUGGUGUUGAAGUGUAUGCAUACGAUGACUUUGAAGAGCAUGCCAGGCUUGUUGACGAAGACGUGCUUGUGUCUGGAAGAUGCAAUGCACAUGUAAGGAGUAUGUUUAGAAAUGUUGAGUAUACAGGAAGUAUAAGGCAGCUCCAAUCAGUCAAGACAGAUGUGGAGAUUACAGGGUUCUGCUUAGCAUACGUUUAUGAUGGAAUAGCUCUUACAAGGCUGUUUGAGUGGAUUGAUGAGAAUCUUGAUGAGGGUAUAACUGAGGAGAUGGUUGCAAGCAAACUGGAUGCGAUAAAGAGGGAGUUUGAUGGAUAUGUGCAGCCGAGCUUUGGCACAAUUGUUGGGGGAGGACCGAAUGGAGCAAUUGUGCACCACAAGGCCGGGCUUAAGGUGCUGCAGAGGAGCGAGCUUAUAUUGAUUGAUAGCGGUUCGCAGUAUGUGUUUGGAACAACAGACACGACAAGGACACUGCACUUUGGAGUACCAAGCAGUGAGCAGAAAAGAAACUACACGCUUGUUCUGAAAGGGCAGCUGAGAGCAAUGCAGAUGAGGUUUAAGCCAAGCAUGCCUGCAUCGUCACUGGAUACACUGUCUAGAAUGGAUCUGAUGAAGGAAGGACUGGAUUAUGGCCAUGCAACUGGGCAUGGAGUUGGGCACUUCUUGUGUGUGCAUGAGUCACCACCCAGCAUAUCAAGCAAUAGCAGUGAGGUGCUGAUGCCGGGAAUGGUUUUUUCGAUUGAGCCUGGGUACUACAAGGAAGGAGAGUAUGGAAUACGGAUUGAGAAUCUAGUGUGUAUAACUGGCACAGAUAACGGGUUCAACGCUGUAGAGAAUCUUACACUUGUUCCAUAUCAGCUCAAGAUGGUUGAUGUGUGCCUGAUGAAUGAGGAUGAAGUUGAUUAUCUGAACAAAGUCAGCAGAGGGAUUAGGGAAUCACUCGAGCCGUUCAUGAUUGGCUCGCCAGGAUAUAAGUUCUUGGUUGAAAACACAGUGCCUAUACGAAAAUAG